GUUUGGGCGGGGUUUAUGAUCACGUGACCUUAAAAAACAUGGCCAUUUCUGUGGACUCAUUCUAUGCAGUUUAAAGUCGCCUUUACCCGAGGAUAGCUACAAGAGAGAGAGUCAUGAGUGGGAAAAAGGAUGGGAAGAUGAGGAUACGAGCCUUCCCUGUACAAAUGGACCCCAGCUAUGUGGAGGACAUUUUGAAGCUUUUGAGGAACGCCAUUAGGGAAAUACAAAAGAAGAAUAAUAGCGGGCUCUCGUUUGAAGAAUUGUACAGGAAUGCGUACACACUGGUUCUUCAUAAGCAAGGUGCUAGACUCUAUACAAUGUUAAGAGAAGUCAUUAACUCUCACCUCAUCAAUGAA